AUGAAAAUUCCAGUUUUUAAUCAUAAAUUCACUUCCUAUCAGUCCAGUCGUGUCCUUAAGUGGAAAAAUGUGUCCGUCAACUCAGCACGACUCGCCUCCCUUAGUCACACCCGCACCGACUUGCUGCUCCUUCUACAGCCUCAUGCUCCAUCGGAAACCUGUGCGUGUCCCGCUGUCUCUGUCCACGCGUUUGUCUCUUCCGUCCAGCCCUACCCCUCAUCCAUCAACCUUCCGUGUCCAGACGCCCACCGGUUAGAGGGGCAUCUCGAAGGCUUCCUUGACCACGGCCGACGUUCGCCUGCUUCGUGUCCCCUCAAUAUGCUCUGUUCGCGAGUUGCUAUUUGGACGAAAACACGCAGAUCUCGUGAUUGUAUCUCGGGCCAAAACAGACUCGACAGCCCACCAGAUAACGUGCGUUAG